AUGCCAAGACGACGGUUAUGCCAAUAUUCAACACUACAUACUGUUUCUUCUUAUAUAGCAACAGGUUCUCGGCCGGUUUCUUCUCGUCUUCUCAAUUUUAUACGGACUCGUUAUGAUUUGGAACAAUUAAAUAUUCGUUGGUUAUGCUCGAAGUGUCAAUGGGUGGAAACAAAGGUGAUGAAAGAACAGGAUGAAACUGUUAAGAAGUAUGACAUGGAUACUGGUGGUGACGAAUUAAGUGGAAAUAGUUCGAUGGAUCAUGAAGAAGAUGAUGAUGAUGCAGAAGAUGAAGAUAAUGAAGAAGGUGAUAAUAAUGAAGAAGANCCUGAUAGGAACCUGAAAUCUCGACUCAGAAAAAUAUCUGAGCAGGAACUUGAAAAAGUCCUAAACAGGAUCUUGUUUCACCUCGACAAAUCCUGGAAACAGGAAUUUCUAGGAUUCGAGACAGGAUCCUGA